CAGCGGGAGGGGUGUUGCGAUGUGGGUGUUGUCCAGUGUGGAUGAGAGCGCGGCGUCCUCUGUGUGGGUGACACCGCCUUGUUAUAUUCAGUGCAGCAGCGACAGCCAACGGCGGCUGCUAGCUAACCUCAACUUCCUCCUGUGAUAAGUCCGUUGCCUCGCUGAACCGUUGUCUUCUCAGUAUUUGUCUGUACAAGCCUAGCCAGCCAGGUUACAGAGAGAGUAUCUGCAGCAGAGGACUGGGAAGGAAACACAGGAAGGGAUUUCCAAUAAUCACAGCAAGACUGAGAGGUAGUUUGCAGGACCUUUCAGAGGAUGGACUAAUAACCAAAAAACAAGCAAACAAACCCUGAAAAACUGAGACACAUUAAGAGUCCCCCUUUUAGUGGGGCCCGCGGGGGGCCCUCGGGCAGCAGGAAUGAUGCCGGGCACCAAGCAGCCGCUCUGGUGCCUCUUGUCACCGUUACGUAGCCGCCAGGAGCGAGUGGUGCUGACCCGUAGUGAGAGCAUGCCGGGGGAGCAGGUGCUGAAAAUCACGGUAACCGAGACUACGGUGAUCGAGGCAGAGUCCGGGGUGUCCAACUGGCGCUCCAUGACCUAUCUGGGUCUCUGGUACUUCUUCAGCUUCUGCACCUUGUUUCUGAACAAAUAUAUACUGUCGCUGCUGGAAGGAGAGCCCAGCAUGCUCGGUGCUGUUCAGAUGCUCUCCACCACCGUCAUAGGCUGCUUAAAGAUGUUUGUCCCCUGCUGUCUGUACCAGCACAAGUCCAGAAGCGAGUAUCCUUCCAACUUCGUCAUGAUUAUGCUUUUUGUCGGACUUAUGAGGUUCACCACAGUGGUUCUGGGCUUGGUGAGCCUGAAGAAUGUUGCCGUGUCAUUUGCUGAAACAGUGAAGAGCUCUGCACCCAUUUUCACAGUCAUCAUGUCAAGGCUGAUCCUCGGGGAGUACACGGGGCUGUGGGUGAAUCUGUCCCUGUUCCCAGUCAUGGCCGGCCUGGGCCUCUGCACAGCCACCGAGAUCAGCUUCAACAUGCUCGGCUUCUCCGCUGCUCUCUCCACCAACAUCAUGGACUGCUUACAGAAUGUAUUCUCCAAAAAACUGCUAAGUGGAGACACGUAUAAAUUCAGCCCUCCGGAGCUGCAGUUUUACACCAGUGCGGCAGCAGUCAUCAUGCUCAUACCUGCCUGGCUGUUCCUUUUGGACAUCCCCACGGUUGGGAAGAGCGGACAGAGCUUGAUCUUUAGUCAGGACAUCAUCCUGUUGCUGCUUUUCGAUGGUUUCCUCUUCCACCUGCAGAGCGUCACUGCCUAUGCGCUCAUGGGAAGGAUUUCUCCUGUUACCUUCAGUGUUGCCAGUACUGUUAAGCACGCCCUGUCUGUGUGGCUGAGCAUCAUUGUGUUCAGCAACCAGGUAACCAUUCUCGGCGCCACCGGGACCGUCCUCGUGUUCAUCGGGGUCUUCUUGUACAACAAAGCCAGGCAGUUCCAGAGAGCAACCUUACAGGCUAUGGCUGCUGAGCAGAACCACAAACCCCUUCUCCACGACCAGGACUUCAAAGCCUCUCAGUCUCACUGAGUAGCCCGCUCUUAAAGCUGCAGUGCUGCCUGAAAUAAAUUGGAAGCAUCAACAGUUCACUCCGGUUCAAGAGCUGCCGUCUUUCAGGGUUCCUUCAGUGUCACUGUUAAAGUAAACCAUUUGAUGGCUUGAUGAGCUGUGGGUGUGUGACCAAGCUGUCAGCCAUCAGUCAUCCUGUGGAACAUUCUCACCAGUAUUUCUUUGUACCUGACCGGAUUACCACUUUAAGCCUUUUUGAUCCUUUGUUUGUCUUUUAUUGGUCAGUAAAAGGAAGCUCAGGGUGUUUUUCCUACAUUUGCAUUCCAUUACAUGCUAGUUUUUCUCUCAUCUGUGGUAUAGCAGCUACUAAACGCAUGGGAACUGCAAAGCUCGGAAGCUGUAAGAUUUUAAAUUUUGUGGUGAUGUUAAUCUUCAUUGUAUAAUCCAGUGUAAAAUGUAUCUUGAUAGCGUCUGAGUGUAGGAUGUAUGAAGGGCUCCAGUUCCCGAGGUAGGAGGCCUUUUUUGAGGCUUUUCCAGCCAAAGCUUAAGACUGCUUUACACGUUAGUAAUCCAUGUGUAAAACACUUGGAAGCCACAUUAUUGCAUUCUGAGAAUGCUCAUCCUCUAUAAAGUUAUAAC